CUGGAAAAAUUAAAUGGGGGUUGGGGUUUACGAGGAAACAUGAACGCGUCAGUGUUUCACCCCUGCUGGGCAUAAAUAAACAGCAGACAGAGACGGGAUUUACUUUACAAUCUGCCCAGGCCAAGUCGACCUGUCAAAGAGCAGCAAAACAUAUUGGACUUUCUCUGCAAGCGCCUGGUUUUUGACAGCUCACAGCGGCACCGUUAGCAAGCUAAGCUAGCAGGAAGAGCUGCCGGCAGUUGGCUAAAACUCCUAACGUUAACGUUGCUCCGGCUGGCGACCACCCACUGCAGGUUGCUGGACUUGACAGAUCCAGCUAUGUAAGCUGCUCUGAUGUGUGGACAUCACAUCCAUUCAACGCCUGGUUGAGACGGCUUUCAAACUAGUCUGGAGGACCACACUAUACUUGUGACGUAAACAUCCAACAGACCUGCAGCUCAUUUGGCUGAACAGGUGUAUGUUGGACUGGAUUGCAGCAUAACUCUCCUGAACAGCCUCCUCCCUCUCUUCCCUCUGCUCUCCCUCUAGCACUACUAUGCCUCUGGGUUUGGGAAGAAGGAAGAAAGCGUCUCCGUUAGUGGAGAACGAGGAAGCAGAGCCUAUCCGAGCAGGUCUCAAUGUGCCAGGUAUAGAUGGCCUAGAUGGAGGUGUUGUCGGGCUGGGAGAAAGUGCCACCUCUGAUGGUCUGCCACCUCCACACAGCAGCAUGCGACCUCGCCUCAUCUUCCACACUCAGCUCGCUCAUGGCAGCCCCACAGGCCGUAUCGAGGGCUUCAGUAACGUGCGGGAGCUCUAUGCCAAGAUUGGUGAGGCUUUUGGAAUACCGCCAGCUGAGGUUAUGUUUUGCACACUGAACACUCACAAGGUGGACAUGGAUAAACUAUUGGGAGGCCAGAUUGGGCUAGAGGACUUUAUUUUUGCCCACAUUAAAGGGCAGCGAAAGGAAAUAGAGGUGUACAAAGGAGAGGAUGCGCUGGGUUUGACGAUCACGGAUAAUGGAGCUGGCUAUGCUUUCAUCAAGAGAAUCCGUGAGGGGAGUGUCAUCCACCAGAUCCAGGUCAUCAACGUGGGUGAUAUGAUCGAGUCAAUCAACGGCCAUCGCCUGAUUGGGUGUCGACACUAUGAGGUGGCUAAGAUGCUAAAAGAGCUGCCUAAAGGGAAGGAGUUUAUUAUCAAGCUGGUGGAGCCUCUCAAGGCCUUUGAUAUGAUCAGUCAGCGGUCUGGAGGGUCCAGGUCAGCAUCAGGGGUUCAGCUGGGAACUGGCAGAGGAACUCUGCGGCUGCGCUCCAAAGGUCCUGCUACUGUGGAGGACUUGCCCUCUGCAUUUGAGGAAAAGGCCAUUGAGAAGGUGGACGACCUGCUUGAGAGCUACAUGGGAAUCAGAGACAGCGAGCUAGCGGCUACCAUGGUGGAGCUUGGAAAGGACAAAAAGAACCCUGAUGAGUUUGCCGAGGCUUUAGAUGAAACCCUCGGGGACUUUGCCUUCCCGGACGAAUUUGUUUUUGAUGUCUGGGGUGCCAUCGGUGAUGCUAAGGUUGGCCGAGUGUAACCACAAAAAGUAACAGUGCAGACCAACUGUUUGUGUGACCCCCACAACAUUCAGCACUACUAGGAAACCCAACACUACCGUCAUGAGUUUGUUUGAAUUCCAGUGUAUACUCCUACUAUUUUUAAUUUAGAGUGUACCCUUUUGGGAUAACAAUGGCAGUUAGUGGAAGAAGAAGGUGACUCUGAUGACUUCCCAAGUGGUUUUUUGUCUUCCAGCUUUUUUUCCCCAGAAACUACAAGCACGUCGAUGAGCAUUCCCUUUGACCUGCAUGUCAUUGUUGUAGUUGCUGGCAGUGGAACAAAUGCAGCACAAGCCUCUAAUAUGGGAGAAAAGACAACAGCUAACACAAAGUAAAUCUUUGAUACUUAGCAAACAAAAUGUGAUAUAUUUUUUUCUUUCCACAUCGCACUGUGUUGCACUGCACUGUAAACCAACAACAGACGUGAACAGAGACUGCGCUGUACCUCACCUGGUGAGCGGCACAGUAAUUGCACAGUACAAGGCAUCGGCCUCCCUGAGUUCCACUCUCGUCCUGAACCACUCGCUGUUACAGUUAUGGAUCCAUUUAACAAGCAUGUGCUCUAUUCUUUAUCUUCUUAAUGAUGUCUGCUGUUUUUUUUUAGUUUGUUUUUGGGGUAAAAGAAACAAUUGCAGACGCUAAAGGGUCAUAGUAACAUGUAGCUUGCUGACUAAAUGACCAGUGGCGUUUGUUCACCUUUAACAUCCUCCAUGCUGUAAUGAAGUGAACUGCAGCACAUUCCAGUCUUACUUUCAUACAUUUGACAGUGUUUCAGAGACUUGAUGUCUAUUGACCUUUUUUUUUUUUAAUUGAAGUUGAGAAUGAGAAGCAGAUGGGUUUGUGGGUUGUGUUGUCUUAUUUUUUUUAUAUUGCUAGUGUUUUUAUAUAAAGUGAUGUGAUGUCUAUUUUAAAACAGGGUUUGUGUAAUAGAUGAUUUUGAUCUUGUGUUACAACUACUUUAUUUUAAAGCAUUACAGAAGGCAGUAUUAAACAAGAGAGAGUCAUGAGAUGGAGUAGUUGUGUGAAAAGGAAUCUGUUGAGAACAAAAUGCCUUCAUUUCUUCUCAUUUUAUGCAUUUUAUACAUUUUUGUUUAGAAGUAUGCAUUCUGGUGCUGACAAAAAACUGAUCCUAAAAAAGUAUUCUGUCAUUGGAGCAAAAUACCAAACUACUUCCUUCAUGUGUCCUAGUGACUUGUGUUCAUAGAGAGAGAAAACAGGCAAUGCUGCACCAACUACUCCGCAUAGGUUGACGCGUCUUAAAA